UGUAGACUCUGCCUGUAGUCGAGAGUAAGUUCGAGUCGAAUGUUGGCGAAAUAACGCCGGGACUCAAGUGAGAACAAUGAAACAGCAGUAAUUGUUAAUCACAGAUUUCUGAAUUGUACAGGCUGUUCUUCCACGUUACAAUAAAAGAAAUAUCCGAGAGCAUGGUAAACACUGCUGGAUGUUAUGGCUUUAUAUCACUACUUGUGGCUCUGUCUACGUCUUGUCUGCUGGUGGCUGGGAGUGAGAAGCUCUGUGAUGAAUGUGGCCUCUCAGUGCAGAGUAAAGAAAGUGGUAUUUUGUUGUCCAAGAACUAUCCUGAAACCUACCCAAAUAACACAUGCUGUGAAUGGAAGAUUCAGGUGCCAGAAGGAAAGAAUCUAAUUUUAAAAUUUGCUGAUUUGAAUAUAGAAUCGGACGACUGCAAAUUCAACUAUGUUAAAAUCUUUAAAGGGUUGGACAAUUUUACAAGUGAACAAGGUAUUGAGUCAUUCUGUGGAAACUUAAAACCCGAUACAAAAGAAGUAAUUUUGGACACAAACCAAGCUACUAUUAAGUUUGUCAGUGGACAUCAUAUAUCUGGGCGUGGUUUUUUACUUUCCUAUGCAACUACAGAUCACAAAGAUCUUCUUACAUGUUUAGAUAAAGCAAGCCACUUUCCAGAUGUGCCGUACAGUAGGAAAUAUUGCCCUUCUGGAUGUAAGGAUGUUAUUGGAGACAUUUCUGGAGAUGCUGAAGAAGGAUAUCGACAUACCUCUGUUUUGUGUAAAGCAGCUAUUCAUGCUGGUGUGAUACUGGAUGAGUUAGGUGGAGAAAUAUCAGUAGUUCAACUUAAAGGCAUUGGUCAUUAUGGAGGCACAAGGGCAAAUGGGAUACAAUCAAAAGAUGGAUCUUUGUCUGAUAGAAGGUUCAUUUUCAGCACAAAUGAAUGUAACAGUGCACUCAGAUUAGAAAAGGAUGCCAUCACAGCUACAUCUAGCUGGCAAAGCACAAGUGAAAAUGGACAGAUAAUGGAUUGGUCUGCAGAUUGUGCUAGAAUUGAUGGCCAUGGAAUAGCAUGGGCAGCUGAUCAUAACAACAUGCAACAAUCACUAACCGUAGACCUUGGGGGAAAAAAGAACAUCACAGGGAUCAUAACUACAGGAUCAACACUUCCAGAUUUUAAUUUUUAUGUGAAGAGCUAUAAAAUUCAGUAUAGCAAUGAUGGGUCAGUGUGGAAAAACUACCGAAAUGCUUUUGGGAUCGAAGAUAAGGUAUUUGAAGGAAACUUUGACUGCAAGCAUCAGACCCGUAACAAUUUCCUUCCAUCUAUUUUGGCACGAUAUAUCCGCAUCAUUCCAAACACUUGGAAUCAGAGGAUAGCCUUAAAAGUUAAAGUGCUUGGGUGUGAACAUUUGAAAAAAAACAGGUCAGUAUUUCAAUAUUUAGAACCGGACAACACAACUCACACCAUCAAUGAUGCUAAAACUGAGAUUGUUCCAUCUGAAGAUAAUUUAGAGAGGUUAGCUAAAUUUGUGGCCCCAAUUGUGCUUUCGGCACUUUUUCUGUUGACUGCUGUUUGUGUUUACAAGACUUUGCAAAGGAAGAAGAUGAAGGAUAAUGCAUAUGGGACAACUGACAUUCAGAAAGAAGGCUGUUGGAAACAAAUUAAACACCCUUUUGCUAGGCAGCAGUCAACUGAAUUUACUAUUGGCUACAAUGCAGAAAAGGAAAUCUUGCAGACAUUUGAUGUUGUGAAAAGUAACAUGGCAGAAGAUUACCAGCAACCUCUUAUGCUGGGAACAGGAACCGUUACAAGAAAAGGAUCUACAUUCAGACCAAUGGACAUGGACACAAAAGAGGAAUUGGCACACUACGACUUGGAAACACACUACAACAGUCUGAAGACAGCUAACCAGUAUGCUCUGCCUCUUACAAGUCAGGAACCAGAGUAUGCUACACCUAUAAUAGAGCGACACACCUUUAGAAAAGACACAGGCUAUAACGUGCCUAAAGUGUCAUUGACAAAAAAGUCCUCUUUUAAUGGAAAUGAUUGUGGCUCCUGCAGUACUUCAGAAAUGGUCACUCAAGCUUACCAGACGCCAAAAUUAUUGAGCAAGAACCUGCAAACUGAAAAGACCGGAUAUGACACGCCAAACCUGAACACCAUUGUAAUAUCAGCUGUAGACGGCCAUGAUUAUCAGAAGCCACAAGUAACGACUUUAGUGACUGAGGGCUACUCGGCACCAAGAGACUGUUUAAAACCAACAGCUUUCCGUGUCAUAUGAAUCUUAAUGAUGUGACUGUUAUUAGUCUCAAACACUCCUAUUUAUUGUUUUAGUUCUAAGGACUGCAGAGUUAUAUUGUUAAAUUAUUUUUGUCUUGAUAAUAAGGUGUUAAGUUAUGAAAAAAAUGAGCAAAAACUUGGUCUGAGCACAUCAAGUUUCUAGAAUGUACCAGGAUGCUUUAUGAAUAACAGCAGCUACCGAGCGGCGUCUUGCAAAGAGUAAGAGUAGGGUGACGGCAUGUGAUGUACAAUUUGUUUUAAAGAGUAGUAAGGAAUGAUACGGUGCCUUUCUGUGACUAGGCAACAAUGACAUUGACUCCUGCUCUCUUCUGAGAAAGUGGUAUAAAACACCCUUGUUUUAAUGUGCAAAAU